ACAUUUCACACCCAGCGACAACACCACAUGACAGCAGCAAUAGACACAGAGUUCAGCAUAGGCGACGAGUUCAUCGGCUUUGACGACCUCGCCUCGGAGGCAGGGCCGUCACGCAGCCAGAGCCCACCGAGUCAACCGGCGUCGAGCUCAGCGAAGGGCAAGGGAAGGGCCAACGACACCGACACGGACCGGUACGACUAUGACGAUAGCAGUGCAGCCGAGUCGAAGAGCGGAAAGAAGCGCAAAGGGAAGGGCAAGGAGGUCCCCCCGCGCAAGAAGGCAAAGGGCGAGAAUGGGCCGAUCACCGGACCACGUAACAAGAAGGAAGAGGACAUGGCCAAUAAUCGGCACGCGCCAUGGGCCGUCAACGUUGACUGGGAGCGCUGUGCGGACACGGCAGAAAUGCUCAACGACGAGGUCCGUGCGUUCUACGACCACAUGUCGCCGUCCCUCGAGGAGUACACUGUGCGGCGAGACCUGAUCGACUACCUCUCGGCGUUGAUUAGGUCAAACUUUCCUGGCGCCGAAGUUACGCCCUUUGGCAGCUGGCAGACGCAGCUGUACCUCCCAACGGGCGAUAUCGACCUGGUCGUGUACAACCCACAGCUGGAGAAUGCGCCUCGAAACAAGGUCGUCAACUUCCUCCACGCCCUCGCCGCCCUCAUGAAGAGAAGACUGGCCAACCAGGUCGUGGUCAUCGCCAAGGCCAAGGUCCCAAUCGUGAAAUUUGCGACUAGCGAUGGCGAGAUCAAUAUCGACAUUUCGGUCAACCAGACGAACGGAAUCUCGGCCGGCAAGAUCAUGCGGCACUACCUCGACGCGUUCCCUGGCUCGCGAGAGCUCAUCCUAGUCAUCAAGGCGUUCCUUCAGCAGCGGUCCAUGAACGAGGUCUUCUCUGGCGGACUGGGAAGCUAUUCGGUCAUCUGCUUGGUGUUAUCGUUCCUGCAACUCCACCCCAAGAUCAGAAGAUCAGAGAUCAACCCGCUCAACAACCUCGGCGUCUUGCUCAUGGAAUUCUUCGAGCUCUACGGCCGGAGCUUCAACUACAACGACGUGGGCAUCUCCCUCCGCAGAGGCGGGAGCUACUACUCGAAGCGCCAGCGUGGUUGGGCCAACUUCAACAACCAGCCUUGGCUGUUGUCGGUCGAGGACCCGCAGGACGUGGACAAUGACAUCUCCAGAACGUCGUUUGGCAUCCGCGAAGUCAAGCUUGUCCUCGCCGGUGCCUACGAUAUUCUUGGAGGCGUCUUGUCAGAACGCGCAGAGCAGCUCAAGAAGGGCCAGAUCGGCCACCUCCGCGCGAGCGAGCUGAGCAUCCUUGGCAGCAUCCUGGGCGAGCAUCCAAAGGCUGUCAAGUUCCGCACGCAUCUCAAGGCGAUGCACGCAGAGAGGAGGGUACAGCGGCUCAUCGGCAAGGACUUGGGCAGGCUACCCGACGACCUGCCAGACGUGCACCCUCCUCCCCCGAGGAGCCGGAGCGCCAAGGGGUCCAAGUCGUCCAAGGCGUUGCAGGCUCCACCCGAGCCCAAGCGCGCACGCAAGGCCCGCACGCCGUCGCCGGCCGGCAAAGACGAGUUCAACGCCAUCCUCGUCGACGACGACAGCGACCCCGAGCCCGGCGCGGUGUGGGAGAGCGAGUCGUCGGGCAGCGAGCGCGCCGCGCCGCGCAAGGGCAAGGCGAAGCCCAAGGCGCGUAAGGCUCGCAAGGCGCCCUCAGAGUCGGGCAGCGAGGAUGGCGAGAUCCUCGAGGAGCAGCCCAAGGCCAGAGGCCUCCAGAUCAAGGGGGUUGCGUCGCGCCUGAGUGUGAGCGAGGAUGAGGUGGACUUUGAGGCGCUCGCUGCGUCGCGGGCCGAGUCGCCAGAAGAGAGCAGGUACGACCUGGGCAAGGCGAACGGCAAGGCGUCCAAGGCGGGCUCGCGCGCCGGCUCGAAGGCACCUGCGUCCAAGGCCGCCUCGGUUAACGGGUCCAAGGCGGGGUCCAAGGCCGGUUCGGCUGCCGGGUCCAAGGCGCCGUCGCGCGCCGGGUCUGCCACGCCGGCCGUGCCGCCUUCGCCUGGCGCGUCGUCACGCAAGGUCAAGACGAGCGAGCGCAAGGCUUUCUGGGCUGCCAAGGCUGGGCAGGCGGUCGACGAGGAGGAAGAGGACUACGUCGUGCUCAGCGAUUAGAUGUUCGGUGGUUGUUUGUAGC